GUUUAUAAGUGGCGGGUGUCUCAGCAAGGGGCUGUAUGUUGCCCUAUUCAGUCUGUGGAUUACAAGGGAAGCUUAUCCCUGUUCAAGCGACAGUUAUAAGUAGAUUAUUAUUGAUGACAUUGACUUUUCUUGGACGAUCUACUUUUUAUGGAAUCUUUGGAGUGGAAGUCUUGACUCUAAUUGACAGCGAACAUAACAAUAAUAAUACUGGACAGAACCAACUAGGAAAAACCUAGUGGCAGAAGCUACAACGAACAACCCCCUGAGGAUUCCUGGUAUACAGUUCUUGUGGGAGAAACACACACACCAGGAUGGCACUUGUCAAUGGCACUGUCAACGGCAAGGUGAACGGGGUGAAUGGGAUGAACGGUCUUGGAGGACAGACCAGGACUAUUCUGGAUGACAUGGUCGGACUUGGAGACUGCGUCUUGCUGGAGCCCCUGACAGAAGAGAACUUCAUCGAGAACCUCAUGUUGAGGUUCAAAGCUAAUGAAGUCUAUACAUACAUUGGCAACGUGGUGGUCUCAGUUAAUCCCUACACCAAGCUACCACUCUAUACAAUGGAGAAGAUUAUGGAAUACAGAGGCAUGAAUCUUUAUGAACUACCUCCACACAUCUAUGCUAUCACAGACGAUGCCUACAGGGACAUGAGAGACAAGAAUCGAGACCAGUGUGUCAUCAUCUCAGGCGAGAGUGGAGCAGGAAAAACAGAGGCCAGCAAAAUUGUUAUGCAGUAUGUAGCAGCAGUGUGUGGUAAAGGAGGAGAUGUAGACACGGUCAAAGAACAACUCUUACAAAGCAAUCCAGUCCUAGAAUCUUUUGGAAAUGCAAAGACAAGCAGAAAUGACAACUCAUCAAGAUUUGGAAAGUAUAUGGACAUAGAGUUUGAUUUCAAAGGUGAUCCGGUUGGAGGUGUUAUCACAAAUUAUUUAUUGGAGAAAUCUCGAGUGAUAUCCCAGCCUGAAGGAGAGAGAAACUUUCAUAUAUUCUACCAGCUUUUAUCAGGAGCACCAGAGCUUUUGAUGCAUGAACUGGAAUUGAGUCGUAAUCCUGAAGACUACCAUUACCUCAGCCAAAAUGGAUCACAUGACACCAGUAAAAUCAAUGAUAGAGAUAACUUUGCUAUUACACAGAAAGCCAUGCAGAUCAUUGGGUUUGCUGACGAGGAGAUCUUAGGUGUCUACAAGCUCUUAGCGAGCAUCCUCAAACUGGGUAACAUCAAGUUCAAGAAGUAUGUAACCCACAACGGAACAGAGGGAGUCAAGAUCAUGAACCAAGAAGAAAUGGACAGUGUAUGUGACCUGUUCCAGUGUGAACGUCACAGUGUAAUGGGGGCCCUUACCAAGCGGACGAUGUAUGGGGGCAAAGGUGACAAGGUCACGACCACCCUGAGCGCAUCUCAGGCAUUCUAUGCUAGGGAUGCCUUGUGUAAAGCCAUCUAUGAUCGGCUAUUCUCAUGGAUUGUCAGGACCAUUAAUGAGAGUAUCAGGGUGAGAAAAGGGGCUGCCAAGAAAGUCAUGGGCGUACUGGACAUCUACGGGUUUGAAAUCUUCAAGAAAAACUACUUUGAGCAGUUUAUCAUCAACUACUGCAAUGAGAAGCUUCAGCAGAUCUUCAUAGAGCUGACGUUGAGAGAGGAGCAAGAAGAAUAUAUCCAGGAAGGCAUCGAAUGGACACACGUUGAUUACUUUGAUAAUAUCUCUAUAUGUGAUCUCAUUGAGAAGAGCAAUAUUGGUAUCCUGGCCAUGUUGGAUGAAGAGUGUCUAAGACCUGGUACCGUCUCAGAUGAAACAUUCCUCAACAAGCUCAACACCAUCAAGUCCAUUGUGAGCCAUCCUCACUAUGAGAGCAGAGGAAAGCUCAAGUCAGACAAGACCAUCGAUCAUAACAGCUUCAGGUUACAGCACUAUGCAGGAGCUGUGACGUAUGAUGUUGAAGGAUUCAUCGAUCGUAACAAUGACCUCCUGUUCCAUGAUCUUUCUCAGCUCAUGUUCAAAUGCAAACAUCUGCUCCUAUCAGAACUCUUCCCAGAAGGAGAUCCCAAGUUCAUGUCCAAGAAACGCCCACCAACAGCUGGGAGUCAGUUCAAGUCAUCCGUGAGUGAGCUUAUGAAGAACCUGGUCUGCAAACAUCCCAACUACAUCAGAUGUAUCAAGCCAAAUGACUUCAAGAGAAAAAUGAGCUUCGACUAUGACAUCGUUCAACACCAGGUUAGAUAUCUUGGCUUGCUAGAGAACGUGAGAGUUAGACGAGCAGGAUUUGCAUUCCGACAACCCUAUGAACUGUUCUUGACCCGCUACAAGAUGUUGUGCCCUAAGACCUGGCCUAAGUGGGUUGGAGAGCCUAAGGACGGUACUCAAGAACUAGUCAGACAUCUUCAUAUCAUGGAUGAUGAGAUAGCAUACGGGAGGAACAAGAUCUUCAUCAGGAACCCCAGAACAUUGUUUGACAUGGAGGAGAGAAGACAUCAUCACAUGCAUCACUUAGCAACCUUAGUACAGACCAUGUAUCGUGGAUGGCAUGCCAUGACACACUUCAAGAAGAUGAAGAAGGGUGCUAUACUCAUCGCUUCACAAUUCAGGGGCUACCAGGAGAGAACGUUGUACCAGAAGAAGAAGAAAGCUUCUACCACCAUUGCAGCUCAUUUCCAUGGUCAUCAAGCAAGAGAGGAGUUCAAGAAGAUCAAAUACAGGGCAAGAUGUGUCUGGGCAGCUAGCAUCAUUCUCAAGUUCUAUGUCGGAUGGAAGGUGCGGAAGGAGUUCAGGAAGCACUUCAAAGCCAAUGCAGGUCCAAAGGUCAAGGCCUUUAUCAUGAAAUGUAUCAAUGUGAGGUACCUACAAAGGUUAAAGCAACACCUGCCCUCGAUGUCACCCAUGGAUGCAUCAUGGCCGCCAUGCUCCCCGCUGCACACCACAGCUCACAAACAACUCCAAGAAAUCUUCAUCACGUGGAGAGCCAACCAGUUCAGGAAGAAGUUUGAUGAAGCUACCAGGAUUCGUCUGGGUGAGAAGGUCACAGCUAGUAGCUUGUUCAAGGACAAGAAGGCCCUCUAUCCAAAGAGUGUGGCAAUUCCAUUCAAGGGAGAUUAUGUGCUACUAAGAAACAAUGCCAAAUACAAGAAGACCCAUGCAGAGACCAGUGAUCAGUUCAUUGUUUUUGCUGAUAUCGUCAAAAAGAUCAACAGAAACAAUGGCAAGGUCACUGAUCAGCUUGUUGUCUUGACAACUGCAUCCUUCAUGGUGAUGGAUCAGAAGACAUUAGCUCAGAAGAACAGAGUUCCUCUAGCUGCUAUCUCGGGCAUGUCUGUAACACCAUACAGUGACAAUGUCCUCGUCAUUCAUGUCACAAAGGGUGAAGACAACACUAAGAAAGGUGACUAUGCGUUCCUGUGUGAUAAACUGAUUGAGAUGGUAACUAAGUUCCAUCGUAUCAUCAGAACAGCUACCAACAAAGAUGUCUCUGUCACAGUAGCUGACAGGUUCCCAAUGAACUUCAAUGGAUCAAGAAUCGAAGCCGUCGUCAGUACGCAAGACCCUAAGGUCUCCAACCCAACACCCCUCAUUAAACGUAAAGGCACAAGAAUGGAAAUUCAGGCAUAGUAACAGCCUCCACUCAAACCCGAGUAUAAAGGUCACCAAGUGGUAUAAAGAUGUAGAGUGGCCCUUCUAGACAGGUUACCUUGCAAGUCUAGCUCUUAGGAAGCAACAUGAUUGUCCACUGUAACAGGUGAUCUUUUUAAACAAGAAACCUCUAUGACAAGUAUUAUACUUUAUCACAUGAGGGUGAGAUGAGAGUUGGUCUAGUCAUCAGCCCUCUGUCUUCAUCUAGAAAUCAACUCUGUCCGUGCCCUGGUUCAAAACUGAGUCGCAUCUUUCGGAAGAUGACAUUAAUUCUUUACCAGCUUUUGUCAACUAAUGGAACAAACAGGACUGCCAUAGUCAACUCUUGUCACAAGUACAGUGUAUAUGUACUAGUAUGCUAGUAUGCUACAAACAGUAUGGCUGUCCUGGGUUUUGAUUCAUGGCAAAUAAUCAGUUGAAGGUCAGCCCUCCAGACAUAAAUAACCACAUCUGAUUGAUGCCUGUAAAAAAACAAAUUACACCCAUGCACAAAUCCAUGGAAGAUGGAAUCAUCCAAGAUUGAGAACAAGUGAGUUUACAAUAGAGUGUACUGUUUGCAACAACAAUGUUGUACAUGUAGUCUCAGUAUUUCAUAGAUCAUUGCAUAAUGAUAAGCCAUGUAUGUUGUUUUAACUAGGAGUAAAGCGAAACUCUUCAAUAUUCUCUUGGAAAUGUAUUCCUAAUAUAACUCCUUGAACCUUCAUAAUAUCUGUCUCAUGGGAAAACAUUCCUCCAGUAUGUUAUGAUGAUUUAGAGUACAUCCUGCACCAGUAGUUGACAACGUUGGUCAAUGAUGGUAUGAUUAGAUUUAACAUUGUCUGUAGCAACCAAAUAACAAUUGAAGGAAAUUAGUUGUCAAAGUAUUGCAAACCAAAGAUGAUUUUAUCGGAAUCUUCAAACAUGCCUUAUAAGCAUUCCUCUAGUCUUCUGUGUUAGUUGAUAAAGUGAUCUCAAUAUUGUGUAAGGGCGCACCUGUCACUAAAGUCGCUUUCAUUCCUUUUAAAGAAGAAAAUGCUGUUCAGCUUAAAAGUGAUUUUAUUCUGUAUUAGAAGUGGAGUUUAUUUGAUGUGAUAACAUCAAUUUUCCACUGGCAUCCAUGUUUGAUGCUUAUUCUGAUGAGGCAUUUUAUUCACAAUAUUUUUGCUUCUUUUAAUGAUUGUCAGUGUAGCAUAUAAAGGAUAGAGCACAAAAGAUUUACUGCCGGUGAUAUUCACUGACAAAUCACUUUCAUGGGAUGUACUUUGCCUUUAAUUUUUGAAGAUAAUGGUUUGGUUUUAAAACAUAUACUUUUUGUUUUGGCUUAUAAUUGAUUUCAUUAUAGCCUUACUAACAGGUGGUAGGCCUAUGGGGAGUAAUAAACUCCAGUACUUUGUGACUCAUUCCUUCAGAUUUUCAUAGCCUCUGAAUAUCAAAUUUCAUUCACUGAGAAAAACAAAAUUUAAAACUAAAUGCUUUAUCUUGUGAAUGAAGAAAUUGUGCCUUCAGUAUUUGUUCACAUUUCAUAAUUGCAAUCAUUAAAUAUGCAUAUACCUAGUAAGCCAAAAACCUUUAGAAGUUUUGUGUGAAUUGCAUUCAAGUAGAUGUUGUUAAAUUCUUUGGAAGCCGUUAUGCAGCAAAUUGAAAUAUUUGAACUAUUUCUUACUGUCCAGUCUGUUGAAAUAUUUAUCAUAAAUGACACUAGCAAUGGGAGUGUAUUAUAUAUUUAUAUGGUGUACAAUGCUGCCAAGACUUCAUCAAAUAGUACAUAUACAAUUGUCCUGCCUGUUCUCUGUAAGUUGUUAAAAAACAAUUGUAUUUAUUUGAAAAAUCCCAAGAGAAUCAAGGAAGAUAAUAUACCUAACGAAGAUACCUGUUUGAUAUGUGUGCACAUAGAUUUAUAAUCUAAUUGAUAUUAACAACUCAAAUGUUCAUGAAAAACAAAACUCAGUUUCAUUGCUGCAGCAUUACAUUAAUUGAUACAUUAUAAUCAUUCAUUUUGAGUGAGUUUCUUUGUGUAGAUGAAUAGUGAGUGAACUUGUCAUGUAUCUUUAGGUAAAGAUGUCAAGGUGACUUUUCAUUUCAGUUUCUCUGCUCAUGCUCAAAUUUUUCUUUUACAUGUAAUUAUUAGCAAGCAUUGCUAGUAGGAAUAAAUAUUAAUAUGAAAUAUCACUAAAUUUGAACCUGCUAUGUGAAAUUGUAAUAUACCAUCACCAAGUUGGCAUUUUGGAACUCUUUUAGAUAAAAAAAUUAAGUACUGUUUUGUUUUGUCUCUUGUGUUUUUUUAGAUACUUUGAGUGCCUUCAGUUGCGGGAAAUAACAUGCCUUUUUCUUUAUCCUUUCUUUCUUUUUUAUUCUGAUAGAUGAAAUCAGCAUUUGUAUUAACAUAUUGCCUUUUAGACCUGAUCAUGAACUUGUGAUGAUACAACCUCCAAAGAUUUUGAUAUGUCCAAUUGUGAACGCUCAUUCAUUGUGAAGAUAGCAUUGUAUCAUUGAUAAUAAAAAGUGUCAGAAUUAAAAUUGGGAUUGAAAAUUCAUUUCUUAACUCAGAGGAUAGUUUCUGCUACAUGUACACGUAUGUGAAAGGCAAUGGAAUAGCCUAUAUGUGGUUGAAGUGUGUUCAACCCUGCCAAAACAGGUGCGGAUGCCCCAAAUACUUUAUGAACAUUAUUGCACAUUUUAUAAGCUAAUUGUUGAGAUAGAAGACAUUCCUACAAUCCUAUCUGCAGCUGUCAAAUAAUGAUAAUGAAACUUUUAUGACGCUGUAGGAGAUUUUUUCCGUGAUGGAGAUUAGUCACUGAUAACUAAUGAUGAAAAUAAUGGUCAUUUAAGUAUUUCUAGCAACAAUGUUACUGAUGAGUAAUCUUUCUAGUACUGGUCAUAGCAGCUCUUUUUAUGAAUGUAGUACAGGCCAAGUGAGGUAUGGGUACUCUAUUAAAGGCUUUAUGCAUUUUGUUAUAUUUGGUUGUGCCUAAAGUCAAUGCCAAGGUGGCCUCUGUCUUUGUCCCAAUCCAAGUUUUAUUUUCAAAUAUGUUUUUGAUAUGUUAAAAGGAACACAAAAUAAUGAGGUAGUUUUUUCUGAUACCUAUUAUACUUGUUCAAGUUGUAUUCUCAUAAAUCAUAUACUGCUUGGAUUUAUAGGCACCUACAUGUACAUGUAUGGUUAUUUAAUAGGCAGGUAUUUUAUUAUCAUUACACAUACCAGUUUUACUAAGGUGUUUCUACUUCGUGAAGAUUAGAUGGAAUCAUUUGAAAAAAAUGAAUGCAUCUUUUGUUUCAUGGUGCUGUAUUAUAUUUUCCAUUCUUAUUGUCUUGGGUUUAAUGCUUUUUCUUUCUUUCAUCAUUCAAUAGUGCUUUUGGUGAUGGUCAGUUUCUUUUAGGUUAUUUUGAAUCAUGGUGACAGUCUAUAUAUAGCGCAAGUAUUAUUAUCACUCAAACAUCAUUAAGUAUUACAUAGCUAGCCAUUCUUUUUUGUAUUAUUUACCUUUAAAAGAAAAUGGGAAUUGUUGAACCAAAAUGUUCUUAAUGGGGUCUAUGUACAAUAGUAUGACCCUUCUGAAUCAUACUUUUGUUGAUAUUAGAAUCUUGAAUUUAGAGUAAUAUUAAUUUCUUGAACUAACUUCUCUGCUACAUUCAGUGUUUGGCUUUCUUGUGGUUGCUUUAUUUCUUCAUCUCAGUUUGUACCAAAAUGCUGUCAGCAGAAUUAUGUGAAUCAGCUUUAGGAAUAAUAUGAUAAUGUUCCUCUUCAUAAAUGUAUGAUUCUAUCUAAGUAUAAGUUUUAUCCCAAGUAUUCAUCGUUGCCAAGUGCAACACACAGUUUCCCUAGCCCACCCUAAGGUUAAAACACUGAUGUUCUAAAUAUAUAUAUUGCACCACCUUUUAUCUAUAACAUGAUCGUAGAGAUUUGAGAAAUUAACUCAAAGGUAAUUCAGAAACAUAUUGUAGAGUAUAUCCCAUAGAAAUCAUGUUUAGAUUCCUUACUACGUCAUUGUAUUGUUUUCACAUGCUAAAUGGUGAUAGAUCAAGGUUAUUGAAAUUGUGUUAGUUUUUGUUUGUUUAAGGUUCUGAUCAUGCAUGUUGCAUGACUACUUUGGAGCAUAUUUCAACAGAUUAACCUAUUUAUAUGUAAAUUUAACAGAGUAAAAUGAUGAAAUUAAUUCUGCAAGGUUUUGCAGUCCAGAUCAUGUGAUCAGAUACAUGUUAGUGCUGUAUCUGUUUCUGUAUGUAUUUUGUUUAUAUUAAGCAAGAUUAAAUUGUUUUGUUUAUCAAAUCCAAUGGUGAUUAGAACUAUAUUUGCAUCACCAAAUUAAGCAUUAUUUUACAGACCGGUAAUUGUUAUUGGUCACUGCACGUCAUAGUGGAUUAUAGUCUAGUAUAAUUUCUUUGCUGUGUCUCAUUUUUGUUUUGCUAAGAUAUCAUGUAAAUCUUGUUUUGUCUUCCGAUCAGAAGUGUCUUUAAAUUGUUUGUUAAGGAACUAUAUGUGUCCAUACAUCUAGAACAUGUAAGCUUAGAAUGGUUAACAUAUUUAAUUGUCAUUGGUGUAAGUUACCUAAAUGCAACUUUAUUUAGUGUUGCAGUUGCAGACUUGUUGAAAUGCAUUGAUUGGACCAUUAACAUGUAUCUUAGGAAGUGAUGAAAUGACACCACUAUUUUCCAUUUUAUGGGUAAAAAGGACCCCUUCUUUUUAAAGUAUUCCCUAUUUCACAUUCCACUUUAAAGGACAUUAAAUAGAUUGUGUAUUUUCAGACGGGUUAUCUAGCUUUUGUAUACCUAGACCAAAUAUUGUAAUCAUUUAUUAACAUGUCUUCUUCGAGUACAAGCUGUACAUAUAGAAAAGAAUUAUGAAAUUUGAAUUAUCUUUUGUAGACAUUAUUUCUAUAUUCACUUCUGUUGAAACAAAUGUCACAGCUCUCUUUAUAUGAUGUCUCCUGAUAUCUUCCUUUCUGAUAAUACCCAGAAAUUCCAUGCAGUGAGCCAAACGCAUUCAUGAAUAUUCCUUUACAUAGAAACUUUUGAUUUAAAUCCAUGGAUCCGUAUUUUACAAAUUCACUUAAACCAGGCCUUUCGUUUACAAUCACAUUUAAACUUAAGGACAACUUAGACCUCAGACUAAUUUCCUUUGUUCACCCCGAUUUUGAAUGAAAUUCUAAAUCCAGCGGCAGGUUUAAAUUUUAGUAGAAUAUAUGCCUUUGUGUUUAGUAUAGAAAUACUUGGAGCAAAAACUCUUGAUUUAUUCUCAGCAACAAAAUUUAAAAAAAGAAUCUUUCCCUGGAGAAUUACCAAACUGAAACUGCAUUAGAAUACGAGGUGCUAUCUGAUUAUACACAUACCAGCAUUUUAGCAAAUCAUUUUCCUUUGAUACCCUAUGGAAAGCCAAAAUAAGAAUUCAUAUAUUCCCAUCCAUUAAUUGAAAAUGAAAUUUCACUCUCAUUUCUUUUUCCCUUUCCCACCAGCUAUCAUAUAUCCAAAAUAGUUAGAUUUGAAUGUUCAACUGUUAUCAUGUACCAUAUAUUUUCUGCUUUGUCAGUACUAUUCUUGGUGCAGAGAUUGUAAUUUCAAGUGUUGGAAUUUGUAUGCGGGAUAUAAAAAUACAUACGUGUGCUUUUUGACAACGGGAAUUUAUUUAUGAUAAUCAUUUGUUUAUGAUUGUAUUAGAAGUAUUGGAAAAUCAUGUAAUGAUUAUACUAAUUGAUUUACAAAUCUCAGACUAUUCUAAAGCAUUUCAAACUGUCAGGUUAUCUUUGAUUUUAAUUGUUCAUAUAAAGUAGUAAUGUCAUAAUUGUAUUGUCUACUUGAACCAUGUAAUAAAUAAUUGCAAUAUAUAAAUCCAGAGAAGAGAAUGAUAUGUAUGAUUAAACAGUACACAAAGCAUCCAAGAAUCACUCCUAGAUUUCUUGUGUAUAGAUGAUUUUUAGGAGAGAGUUAUAAUUAUUUGUAAUAACUUGUAUAAUAUUGUGAUUUAUAAUAAUUUUCAUGUGUUUUGUCCAAUAUGCAUAUAUUUGUGAAGAAAAAAUAUCAGUAUAUAACUGGAAAAAUGACUUUUCAGAAAAUAAAUGUUUCAGAUGUUAAA